AUGUCCUCAAAUGCUAGUCGCGGGCCAUCGCAUAGUGGUUUCCUACAUGAAUAUGCUCCCAGACUUGUGGCAUUCGAGUUCACCCCACCAACAGGGGGGAUCAAUAUGACAAACAGCCUUAUCUUCAUAGGCGGACUGACAGAUGGAUUUUCCACUGUUCCCUAUGUGUCCAAGCUAGCUAACGCUCUAGAGGACACCGACUGGUCGGUCUUCUCUACCCUACUUUCGUCCUCCUAUGCCGGAUGGGGAGUCGGAAGCCUUGAUCGCGAUGUAGAAGAAAUUGGGCAAUGUGUGCGGUUUGUUCGCGAUCUCAAGGCGUCGCGCCAACCCGGUGCAGUGACAACAGCCGGAAAGAUUGCGAUCAUGGGGCAUUCGACUGGAAGCCAGGACGUACUCCACUACCUUUAUUCGCCGAAUCCCUUGCCGCGGAAGGAGUUUGGUUUUGGCAUUCAGCACUUGGUCCGCCCUGCGCUGGAUGGUGCUAUUCUACAAGCGCCUGCCUCUGAUAGAGAGGGUCUGCAAGCUAUUAUCGAUGCUUCUCCAGAGCCCGACGAGCUCAGAAAAGUCUACGAUCAGCUUGUGCGCUCGGCCAAGGAGCAUCCAUACACAUCAGAUAAGAACGACUCAAUCCUCCCAAUGAACCUGACUGCGAAGCUUUCUUAUCCGGCCGACACGCCUCUUAGUGCCCGGAGAUUCUUGAGUCUAGUCAGUCCUCAUAGCCCCGACGACCCAUCUGAUGACGAUCUCUUCAGCUCGGAUUUGAGUGAUAAGCGUUUGCAGGAGACCUUUGGCAUGGUGGGUACGCAGGGCAUUAUCACGUCAAAGCUAUUGGUUUUGUAUUCUGGAGAAGAUGAAUAUUGCCCGCAUUGGGUGGACAAGGAAAAGCUAUUGCGGAGAUGGCAGCAAGCCAUCGAAGCGGGAGGCGCCAAAUGGGAUACAAACAGCGGGAUCGUUCCUGAAGCCAGCCACAAUGUUCAUGCCGAAGGUCAGCAGGAUCUCAUUGAUCGAGUUCUACGAUACCUCAAGGCCCUCUGA